AUGAGUAUCCCAAAGAGCAGACUUUUAGCAGUUGCCGAGCUAUCUGCUAAGAUAUUUGAUCAAGGUUUUAACCCUUCUGGUGCACGUACAGGUGCGAAGAUUCUCUCUCAGAGGCUGAAGGGCCCUGCAGUUUCGAGCUAUUACGGUAAUCCCGACUUUGUUAAAUUCAGAACCAUACGGAAACUUUACUCUGACAUUCCUAUGAGUGACCCUGAAGAGGACUACAGGCUGAUGAUGGUGAGCGCCAGGAAACGUCGUGGUAAAGGUGCACCAAAGAAGACAAAGAAAUCGGAAGCUGGCGAGAAAAGUAAAAAGAAGAAAUGA